GUACAAUUCUAGUGUUUUUUACGUGAUUGAAUUGGCGAUGAUAUAUUUUUAGUUAUUUUACUACUUCAUAUUAGUCACCAGUGCCGUCGUUAUUUCGUUAAUUUGUUGUUGUUUUUAAUUUACUUUUGCAAACUGUAUUAUCAACGUUCUUAAAAACAGUUCUUUUCAGAGCUACGCUGUAAAUUCAAGAGUUUGUUGAAGUAAGUAAUUAAGUAACGGUUAAAUCACACUAAUUUGCAUUUGUAGGUUAAAAAAACCCUUCUUGAGGAUGCCCUUCACACAAGAACAAGAUGCCUUUAUUUUGAAGGCUCAUUUUCGAAGUGCUGUACGUAAUGAGGAUGGAACAUGGUCAUAUUCGUUCCGGUCCUGUCGAGAGCAAUUUAUGGAAGAGUAUCCCGAUGUUAUUAUUUCUUAUAAAGCAUUUGCCAAUCAUAAGACACGAAUUGUGGACCGAUUUGAAAACAAGAAUUGCAUUUGUAAAGAAAAACAUACCGGUCGUCCAUUACUACGAAACGAUGAAGUGGUCCAAGAUGUCAGACAACGAAUGGAGGCGAGUCCCAAAAAGUCAAUCCGUCAGUUAAGUGCCCAAGCUGGAGUGUCUUAUUCAACAUGCCAACGAAUUUUACAUAAAGAUCUACGUAUGCACCCGUACCGGGUUUCUGUUUUGCAACAACUCCAUGGUCUUGAUUAUGAGAAUCGACGUAAUUAUUGUGAUUGGUUUACUAACAAUUUAAAUAACAACGACGUUUUAAAUGUAACUUUUAUGACUGAUGAAGCAUGGUUUCAUCUAUCUGGAUAUAUUAAUAGCCAAAAUUACCGAACGUGGGCAACCGAAAAUCCUUAUAAUUUUGAAGAGACUAGUUUACAUCCUUUAAAAGUUGGAAUAUGGGUCGGAAUGUCUAGAAGACGUAUCAUAGGUCCCAUUUUUUUCAACGAUACUAUUACGGCAGAAAGAUAUCGCACACAAAUAUUGGAUACCUUUUUAAAUCAACUUCACGACGACGAAAUAAGGGAAGGAUAUUUUCAACAGGAUGGAGCUACAGCACAUACUGCACGGGCUACACUCCAGUACUUGGAACAAUUUUAUGACAAUCGUUUAAUUAGCAAAGGAUUAUGGCCUCCUCGUUCUCCUGAUCUAACUCCGUUAGAUUUUUUCCUAUUUCCCACAUUAAAAAACAACGUUUUUCGAAACCGUCUCCAUACUCUUGAUGAACUACGAGCAGCAAUUAUUGAGGAACUAGAAAGAAUUUCACCUGAAACUCUGGAGAAAGUGUUUGACAAUAUGAAGCGUAGAGUGGAAUUGUGCCGUGAACACAAUGGUGGACAUUUUGAGCAAUUUUUAUAGUUCAUUUAAUACAAUUUUAAUAUCGUGACUGUGCUUAGUGCAAAUGUAAAAUUUGUUGUAAAAAGGGAGACUUAUUUGUAAAUUAAAA